GACUACGCCUCCUUCUCUACUCUAUAUAAACACCUGCAUCCUCUCUUCAGCUAUCACCAACCCUCCUCAUUUCUUUAUUGUUCUUCUCUUUGCAUUGAUCAAGAUAUACAUACAUAUAUAUAUAUAAAUAUAUCUUCCAAAUACAUAUAAAAAUCAUGUCUUCGAGCUACCAAGCAUCAAGAAACUCGAGCUCUUCUUGGACACCAAGAGAGAACAAACUGUUUGAGAAGGCACUUGCCUUGUAUGAUAAGGAGACACCUGACAGAUGGCAAAAUAUAGCCAAAGCUGUUGGUGGAAAAUCCGCUGAUGAAGUUAAGAGACACUAUGAUGUCCUUAUUGAAGAUGUUAAGCAUAUCGAGUCUGGUCGUGUUCCUUUCCCUAAUUAUAAGUCUAAAUGAAGCUGCCACAAUCUAGUUAAUGUAUGGAAUGCCUAAAUUAUAACAGGCAGGUUAUUAAAGUAUCUGAAGCAGCAGUGGACUCUGAAGCCCCCAAGCUACUUUUAUAAUAUGAUAUGGCCUUAGCAGCAAAAUUGUAGACAAUGCUGCUGGGUGUCAACAUAUCUGAAGAACAUUCUCCUUUCCCUUUCUCCAUUGUAAUUGAGAUUUUUCUUUUUCCUUGUCGAGUUCUAUUUUCCUCACCGUAAUGAAACUAUCUCUAUAUCUAUUAGAUAUUUUUCCUCGUUUUA